AUGGAGUACCCAGACAUCCUAGCUGGGGCCCAUGUGCCAGGAGAGAGUUGGGCCAAUCUAGGCCUUGGUACUGGCCCAUCCCGAGGGGGAGUGAGGGCGGUUCAUAGGUGGAACCCUUUCCCCAUCCGCGAGAGGGUCGGCGGUGGCGGUCUUGUGCCCACCGGGGAAGCACCGACGAUGGUCACACUCGAGAGCAGCGCAACGCACCGACCGCGUGCCUCGCGCUGCCCUGCUUCCACAGCCAGGAGGAUUUUGACUGCCUAUCAGGCACGGCUUGUCAUUUGGAACUACAAGACCCAGACAAGAAUGAUGGAGCGUGAAUUCCACCCUGGGUUUGCUCAUUCCCUCAGAAACUUCUCCUCUAGGGUGUUUGUUAGCAGCGUUAGUUUCUCCUCUAGGGUGUUCGUUAGCAGCGUUAGGUUUAUCGUGAAGUCGACGGAGCAAUUGUUCGUGGUGGGUGAUGAGGACGGGUACAUCCACGUGCAUAACUGUAUGACAAUGAAGAGAGUCAAGGAAUUCAAAGCUCAUGGCUGUGCGGUCACAUCAUUCGCCGUUCACCCGACUCAACCAUUUGUGCUGUCGGCAUCUCGCGACCAACUAAUCAAGCUUUGGAACUGGGAGAAGGGCUGGGUGUGCAUCAGGACAUUCACUGGGCACUCAGCCAGGGUGAACCAAGUCAAGUUCAAUCCGCAUGACAACAACACUUUUGCCAGUGCUUCCGGGGACGGCACAGUGAAGAUCUGGAGAAUUUUUUCUCCCACUCAUUUCACCAGCCUCAACUGCGAAGAGGGGCAGCGCUCUGUUGAUUACUAUCCCACGGGUGGUGAUCAGCAGCAGCAGCAGCACUACAUGGUUACAGGAUCGGGAUGGCAGUUGAGACCGGACAAUGCGACGGCACGCAUCUGGGAUUUGCGAACACAGACAUGUACCCGUGAAAUCAAGGGGCUCAACUCAUACUGUGAAGUUGGUGUGAUCGACUGCCACCCAGAUCGUCCAGCAGUAUUGGUUACCGCGUCAGGAAGCUGUGGUGUUUCUCUCCACGACUCCACAACCUACAGGUGUGAGAGAACGGUUCAUUUCGGUCUCGGCAAGGUUGUAUGUGUUGCAUACGUCAAGGGCAUAAGAAGAUUCCGCCACUGUUGGCCCCACCGCCGCUUCCACCCUCGAAGCAGUCUGCCACUGCCGGCCCUUGCCCAUCGUUGCUGCCACUUGCUAAAGAGGAUGACCAAACAGGAGGAAGAUGUUGACAUAGUCGGCGGCGUCUUUCCUUUGACGAUCACGUCGGCACCAGAGCUCGUGGAAGAGGAGGAUGAGUACAUGGACAUAUGCAAUUCCAACUCCGCAUGUGAUUGCAGCAGCGGUUGUUCUGAUUCAAAUUCCAGCAGUGAUUGCUGCAACUCGUAUUCAGAUGAGAGCGUCGACAAUACAGCUCCAGCAAAGCGCACACGAACUGAUCGCCCGUGGUAA